UUUUUUUUUUUCUUUUCUUUCUUGAAAGUAUAAUAUUAUUUUAAAAAAUGGCUGCUGAUCUCCCCACCAAAGAACACAAGAAGACUGGACCCAAGGAAGGAAAGAAGAGAAAGGUCACUCGUCGUGAGACUUAUUCUUCUUAUAUCUACAAGGUCUUGAAGCAAGUUCAUCCCGAUACUGGUAUCUCCAACAAGGCCAUGUCUAUCUUGAACUCUUUCGUCAACGAUAUCUUUGAACGUAUCGCCUCUGAAGCUUCCAAGUUAGCUGCCUACAACAAGCGUUCCACCAUUUCUUCUCGUGAAAUUCAAACCGCUGUUCGUCUUAUUCUUCCUGGAGAACUCGCCAAGCAUGCCGUUUCUGAAGGUACCAAGGCUGUCACCAAGUAUACUUCUUCCAAGUAAAUAUCAUUUCUCUCUCUUUUUCUUAUAUAUACAAAUAUAAAAAAAAAAAAAUUCCUUCAUUUUACAAAAAAAAAAAAA